AAAAUCAGAAAUUGAGAGGAAAGACAGAGUGAGACGAAGAUGGGUGAUAAAGGAAGAGGGAUUCCAAGUCGAUGUAGAUGUGGAGAGGAUGUAGUUUUGAGGACAUCAAAGACUAUUAAAAAUCCAGGGAGGCUCUUUUAUGCUUGUCGAUAUGGAGAGGAGAAUGGUCGUGGUCACUUGUUUAAGUGGACAGAUGAAACAAUGGUUGAAGAGAUGGAAGACAUAAUUCCAAAGAUUGAUGAACUUGAAAGAGCUUCCUUGACAUUACAAAAAGGUACAGUGCAUAUUCUGCACAAGAAGGUGAUUACAGACAAGAAAUUGAAUCCGGAAAACUACAUUUCAUCUUGGUAUUUGACUUCUAGGUGGAGAAAUGAGUACAGUGCAUAUAUAGAUGCGGUAAGAGGCUGCAACUUCUGGAGGAAAUCCGGUGAGACUGAGCUUGUGUUACCACCAAAACCAGAAGGUAGAAAGAGAAUCCCAAAAAGAAUCAAGGAGAGGAAUGAAUCACCACAGAAAAAGAAGAGCAAAGGCAAAGAGAAGGAGCUUAAACUUUCUAGAAAGAAGAGAAUAAUUCAUUGUGGAAUAUGUGGUGGAGAAGGACAUAACACAAGGAAGUGCCAAUUCUUUGGACCUGCUCCUUAUAGACGUCCAAAGAAGGUUACAGAGAGUGCAACAGUUGGAUCAUCAAGUCAGCCAACACAAAGCCAAGUCAUUGACUAAACUCUCAGGUUGUUAAAACGGUUUGCAGGGUCUUUUUGAAGGAAGGUUUUGGUAGUGAAGGUGCUCUGAAAGUUUUUAUAAGAGCAUUUAGGGGAUUCGGAUAAUAUUUUGGUUAUGUAUCAUUGUAUCUUUAGGAUUAAUGUUAUGUUGACUUAUGGAUUAAGGUUUUUGUAACCAAAUGAUAAUUCUGUUUUCAAAUUAUGGUUAAGUCAAUUUCUUUUGAGCAUUGUUAGUGCAUAAUUUUCCAUUACAUAAAACAAUGUCUGACUA